CGUGAGAGAGAACAUAUAUCUCGAACAUACCGUACUCAUUCAAACUCUCCCAUCAACACACACAUCAUAUUGUGCUUCCCUUCAAACACCUAUCACCCCAACCAGCAAAGGCAUAAAAACCUCUGUCUGUGUAGUUCUUGUUUCCGAGGAAAUUAAUUCAAUGGCUACUUCAAGCACAAGUGGAGGAGGAAUGAUCAGCAGCAGCAGCAGGCAAAGCAUAAGCCCUAAUUAUUAUUAUUCUCCUUUCACAGCAAAUCAAUGGCAUGAGCUUGAGACUCAGGCCCACAUUUACAAGUACAUAGUCUCAGGUCUCCCUGUCCCUCCUGAUCUCAUCUCCACUCUCAGGACAAGCCUAAUGCAAUAUCCAGUUCCUUCAGUCACUCCACAACCUGCCAUGGGUUGGGGUUGUUUUCAGAUGGGCGUCAAUACGAGGAAACCGGAGCCGGAACCGGGGAGGUGCAGGAGAACUGAUGGGAAGAAAUGGAGGUGCUCGAGGGAGGCUUGCCUCGACUCUAAGUAUUGCGAGAAGCACAUGCACCGAGGCAAGAACCGUUCAAGAAAGUCUGUGGAAGCUGCUUCUUCGAAACAGCCGCCUCCUCCAGCCAUCGCCACGGGAGCCGCCAACAUCCUGCCGAGUUCACAGACAAAUUACAGCUACUCCAAUUCUCAACUGCUUCAUCCAUUCUUCGUGGCAGCUGAUGAUUCUUCUUCCUCUUCUUCAUAUCAAUCCUCGCAACCGGGUUCUACCUUAUCAGAAUCAACUCCUCCACAGGACGUUAUUACUCAUCCCCUAUUCAUCGAUCCUGGGGAUGAGAAAGGCAACUUCAGGUAUUAUCCUGGCCCAACGAGUGCGCAGAGAGCUUUUGUCCCGGAAUCCUCAAGAACUGAUGAUGGAAUUUCAUCCCAAUGCUCCUACAAAGGCGGUCACCACCCCGUUUCUCGGGGCCAAGCCCCAGUCAAGAUUGAGUCAUCUCAUCAACAAGAGUACCAAAAUGAGCAGGAGCAAUGGUUUGUUUUGGGUACUGAUUUCAGACCACGAUCUAGCGGUCAAAUAACUACUGGGAAGGAAGACGAAACGGAGAAGCCAAUGCACCACUUCUUCGGGAAAUAAACAGCGCCAGUCCGAUCGCCAAACUCUCUUCGCUCAAUUUUGCCGUCAACUCAGAAAACCGGGGGGAGGGUCACUUUCUUCGUUAGGAGUACAUCUAUGUCAGUAAUGCAAAGGAAGGAUCACAUCACAAAUCUCAAAAGGAGUUUUUCUUCAUUCCGAUUUUCCUUUCAAGACACAUUAAUUCCUGUCCGAGGCUUGUAAGGCGUGUUUCGUUUUGACUGGUAGUACCCCUACUCCUCUAUCUGUAUGGAACAGAAGGCUUGGGUUCAAUAAGGUUUCCUUUUCAUUAGUACGUUACUUGUAAUAGUAUUCUCAAAUUAUUAGCCGAAAUCAAUUGACUGAAAUUAAUAUUCACUA